UAGCCCUGCGGUGGAAUCUGGAGCUCAGAACUGUCGAAAGAGGGGAGAGAAGGAGAAGAGAAGGAGAAAGGAGCUUUACGGGAGCUAGAAACAUGCCUCUGUCUGAGAGUAAUAUCCAACGACCUUCCUGCAGCAAGAAAAUCUGUAGAAACCUCUUUGGAGCUGUGGACCAUGAACAGCUUCGGAAAGACUUCCAGAUCUUGCUGAGGGCCCAGCUGGAGGAGGCACAGCAAAAGUGGAACUUUGACUUUGAAACAGAAACCCCACUUGAAGGCAACUACAAAUGGGAGAAGGUCUCCCACCUACACACACUUCCAUCUCAAGACCUGAAAAGCCACACAAAGGAGAACACGUGCACUGGGGAGAAAAGCUUGAACUCCCCUGUGGCCCUCAAGAAACCUGCAAAGACGGACAGUCUGCCACAGGUGGGCUUUGAGGCUUGCACAGCUGACUCUUCAAGAAGUUUGAAGCGAAAGCAGACAUCCAUAAAAGACUUCUACAACUCAAAGAGGAGAACAAUCCCAUAUAAGUCAAGCCCAUGAAGACUACACUACAAGCAAAAUGUUUCUAUGCAGUCUCCUAGCUGAAAGUCUUCACUGUUGUUUGCUGGCAUGAGCCUAUUUGGACACAACACCCAGUGAUGUCACCAAGAUGGCUAUUUGAAGGAGCAGCUAAGCAAGUUCACAGUCCUGCUCUGAAGACUCUUCUGGGCUUCUUAGAUUUCAUAAACUAUAUAGUGGACUAGUAUAACACUUCAGAAGGAUGUAGAAUUUUUUUUACAGCACUGGAUAUUUAUGUGCAAUGGAACAUUGUGAGACCUCACGUUAAAACAGACUUUAUACAUUUUCUGGGGAGAGCAACUGCAAGGGAAUCUCGUGUGAGGGGGUCCAAUUAAUAAUAUCAAGGCAGAUUCUGCCUCAUAGUUCAGCCACUUGCUUGUUUUCAUUUACCUGCCUUCAGGCAAAAGAUUGCACGUGGUAUGAGCCAUUUUGCAAGAUCUAACAUCCAGACAUUUCUGAAAGGACAAUACUUUUCCAGCUCUGUGAUCAUGUUGGUUGACAUACUCUUUAGUUAAGCAAACAAUCUGAGAGUGGAAAAGAACUGAAUUGUAUUGUUCUGUAGGAAGUGAUUUUUUUUCUAUUAUGGUGAGUAGUAAAUACUUACCUAGCCAUAUGAUCACAUAUGAAUACCUUUCGAUAGGAUCAGGAUUCACUUGAACCUGAUAAUGUAGAGUGUGCAAUUGCUUUGGCAGCUCCUCUCACAGGCAGCUUAAAUUUAAUUUUGUUAUUCAACUACUCUCAUGGGCAGCUCAAACUUAAUUUUGUUCAACUGUCCAAAAUACUGCUAAGCCAAAGCCCACGUAGGGGAACUUUUCUGAAGGGGAAAGUGAAUCUGUGGGAACUACUAACUGAUUUUAUUGGCUUCUACCAACACUCUGCUUUGAGCGCGCUGUCAUAAACACUCUUUGAUUCUUUUGACAUUCUAAACUUCCUGCAUGUAACAGAGUAACAUAAUAAGCAAAUGAAAAAACUUCAGGGUUUGUUUUACGUGUGUGCUAGCAAAGAUUGAUAUUGCAUACCCUUUGACUUUCUUUUCCUUAAUUUCUGUGCUGUGGAGCAGUCAUGGCUGAAGAUGAGUCAAAGCUUAUAAUUCAUACUUUCUGUGACUACCUGUGUCCUUGCUAGCAGUCCUCAAAAGAUGGUACAUUUACAAACUGGCAAUUACACUGCUUAAAGCUGCAGUUUAAGUACUUCAUGUUGAGAUAAUCCAGAGGAUUUCCAUUUAAAAUGGAGAGGUUUGCAUCUGUCACAGUUUUGCAACCAGAAGCUUUUUGUCAAAUCUUCUUUCAUUUUACCAGUACGAGGCACAACAUUGGGACACUAGAAUCUGAAAUUCUGGUUUUACAAACUAAAAUUCCAGCUCUAAAAUGGCAAGAUCAGAGCCAGAUCAUUGUGUCUACUAUUCAGCUCAUUGUUAAGGGGGCUUCCCCAUUGUGACACUAGAUAUAGUUUUCCACUUUCCAGAUUUUGUAAGCCCAGAUGUUGUGCUUUAUUAGAAGGAUGGAAAAAGUCUAGAGCUGCACACCAUAUCACAGUAUCUGUACUGUAGCAGGGAGGAGUGGGUGGGAAUCUUAUAGUUUUGUGGAAAGAUUCUGCUAGUGGUACAGCUUAUUUAUACAGUUCUACCUGUGACUAUGGACGUAGAUGCGUGUGUGUGCUUCACGGGGCUUCCUUUGCUUUCAUGUUCCUACAUCAAAAAGGGAGUGAGAUAAAUAGGUAGCAAGACCUGUUGGGUCACAAGCCUGAGAAAAGGGAGAGGACCGGGGAACGGCAAUGCAGAAGAAGAGUUCAAUGUUAUAGAUGUAAUACAUUGGAAUACCUAAAAUAUUAAUAACCUAGAUAAUCAGACGAGCCACAAAACCUCAGUUGGUUUAACUGGUGAGGCCAAGGUGGCAGAGUCUCUACAAGGAUGGAUUUAUGAGUGUACUUGCCAGACUGAAAAGGCCAUUUUGGGGGGAAGCAGGUUGAUCUAUAUCGUACAGAUAAUUGUGCGGUGUAAGAUUCAUCCUGUUAGUAGCACAGAUUCAGGCACUUUAUUAAUAUAAUAAGUAUGGUCUGCUGAUUCUUUCUUUUUUGUUGUUAGAGCAGCCAUGGGCAGGGCCUGGCCACUUUACCCAUUGCACUUUUACAUUCAGGGUAACGCUAGGACACUUCAGCACUAAUCCAUUUUUUUUGUGUGAAUAUGAUGCUGCUGAACUGACAGAUUAAGCUUUGGGCUUAAAAUAAAGCCACUUAAUAAUGGAGCAA